AUGGUUGGUGAUGCCUUUCAGGCUACCCAACGCGCCAAGUACUUUUAUGCGAGGUAUGAACCAGUCAAUUCCAAGGGGAUAAUGGUUGAAGAGGAAAAGGUGAGAGUCAUUCGUGAUUGGUCUACACCAAAAACAGUUGGAGAAGUAAGAAGUUUUCACGGAUUGACGACAUUUUACCAGAGAUUUAUCAAGGAUUUCAGCAGCAUUGUGGCUCCCAUUACAGAAUGUCUGAAGAAAGGUAAAUUCCAGUGGGGUGAAGUAGCUAGCACAACCUUUACAAUCAUCAAGGAGAAAUUGUGUACCACUCCUGUCCUUGCACUACCCAGUUUUGAGAAGUUGUUCGAAGUAGAGUGUGAUGCUAGUGGAAUUGGGGUCGGAGUGGUCUUGUCACAAGAGGAGAAGCCAGUGGCAUUUUUCAACGAGAAACUUAGUGAUGCACGAUGA